AAACACCCGCCACUCACACGCAAUCGUUCCCGCCCAUAUUUACAUAAGAGUGUCAUGGUGUUAUCUUGGACUUCUUCUUUCUCUCUCUUUCUCUAAAAGGCUUUAAAGAUGGCGAUUUCUGCAACUGCUAUACUCCACCGGGAUUUGCCAUUAGCUUCUCUAUCAUCCUCUCCGUCUUCUUUCUCAUUUCCUUCUUGUUCUGAUACUAUCAAUUCAACUUCACCUUCUUCUCUCCAAUUGCCAGUCUCUCAUUCCUUUUUGCAACUUCAUUCUGGGUUUUCUCAGAGAAUAUGCCCUAAGUCUCAGAGACAGGGGUUGGUGAAUUGUUCACUAAAAGAGCCUCUGAAAGUUAUGAUCAGUGGUGCUCCUUCUUCAGGGAAAGGGACCCAGUGCGAAUUAAUUGUAAAGAAGUUUGGGUUGGUGCAUGUGUCGACUGGAGAUCUUUUGAGAGCUGAAGUAUCUGCUGGAUCAGAAAUCGGGGGAAAGGCAAAAGAGUACAUGGAAAAUGGGCUUCUUGUUCCUGAUGAAAUUGUGACAAAGAUAUUGAAGUCUCGCCUGUCGCAACAAGAUGUGAGGGAGAAUGGGUGGCUUCUUGAUGGUUAUCCCCGAAACCUUUCUCAAGCACAAAGCCUAGAAAACAUGAAGAUUAGGCCUGAUAUAUGUCUCAUGCUAGAUGUUCCUGAUGACAUCCUCAUUGAGAGAUGUAUUGGACGGAGGAUGGAUCCAGUUACGGGGAAAAUUUACCAUCUCAAAUAUUUUCCUCCGGAGAUGGCAGAAAUUUAUGAUCGACUUAUUGCUCGCCCAGAUGACACAGAAGAUAAAGUAAAGUCACGCUUGGAAACAUACAAGAAAAAUGUUGAAGCUAUCUCCAAGACAUAUAUGGAUGUAUUGCACAAGAUUGAUGGAAAUCACCCUAGAGACAUGGUUUUUCGUCAAAUUGAAUCCUUACUACAAGUGCAAAGCGAUAAAUUGGAGACAAGGACUUCGGACGGUUCAAGGACUUGUAUCCUUGAUGAGAAUGCCAGCCCAAGCAUGACAUCUGCAAGGAAGGAUAAGUGGAGAGGGAUUCCAACUCGGCUGAAUAAUAUUCCUCAUUCUCGAGAAAUAAGGGAAUAUUUUUAUGAAGACGUGUUACAAGCUAUUCAAAGGGCUUUAGAAAAUGGAAGAAUAAGAUUGAAGGUGGAGAAUAAUAUUCCAGAGCUAAACCCAGAAAUGGAUGUUUACAGAAUUGGCACGCUAAUGGAACUAGUCCGAACUCUUGCGCUCUCAUUUGCUGAUGAUGGAAAGCGUGUAAAGGUUUGUGUUCAAGGUUCCAUGGGUGAAGGUGCUCUUUCUGGGAUGCCUUUGCAACUUGCUGGAACUCGAAAGAUCUUGGAGUUCAUGGAUUGGGGUGAACAUGGCGCACUAGGAAGCUUUGUCAGUAUUGGAUCUAUAGGUGCCAAAGACGUCAAUGAGCAAGAUGAUAUAUUCAUUUUAGUUUCUCCACAGAAUGCUGUUGGUAACUGUAUAAUUGAUGAUCUAAAAGCUAUGACUGAUGCUGCUGGUAACCGCCCUGUUAUACUUGUCAAUCCCCGUCUUAAGGAUUUACCCAGUUCAAGUGGCAUAAUGCAAGCAAUGGGAAGAGACAAGAGAUUGAAAUAUGCAGCUUCUUUCGAAAAUGGUUAUUUCUUCCGGCUCCUGUAUUAUGCUGGCACACAGUAUCCAAUAAUGGGUGCUCUAAGGAUGUCCUACCCAUACGGGUACGAACUAUAUAAAAGAGUCAAUGAGCCAUCUGGGAAGGAAAAAUAUGUCAUCAUCGCCACAUUCCCUGAGAAACCAACAUCAGAAGAAAUUAAUGAUGCUUUUGAAGGAAAGCCAAGAAACAAUGAAAGAUCAUCUGCUGGAAUUUUCGGGUUUCUUAAGAGCAUAUUUUGAACCAAUGGAUAGGAAGGUUGAGAUUAUCCUUGAAGGGAACUUGUUAUUUCUACUAAGAGGCAAAAAGUAGGGAAGUGAUUUUCUUGCUUGGAAUUAUUGUUUUCGUAUAGUAUCACUACUUUUUUUAAUCUGUGUGCCUUGUCAAUAAAAAUUUGCUUUAAUUCAA